GAAAAUCUUGGCGCUGAGAGGUCGGGGCUAAAGAACCGAUGCUGCAAGCGACAUGUUUGGGAUUAAAUAGUUAUUUGUGCCGCUCACUCUGGAAAUAUUCACCCAAGAGUUAAAUCCAAAGGUGGUGAAGGAAGCAGGCCUCAGUGUCUUUAGCGGAAACUAUGUCAGAAGAGGUGUGCAGCCACGUGAAGGUGGUGGUCCGUGUCCGUCCAUUAAAUGCCAAAGAAACAGAUGGAAACUACAAGAAGGUGGUCCAUGUUGUGGAUAAUCACAUGCUCAUUUUUGACCCUAAAGAGGAGGAAGUGACAUUUUUUCGUGGCCAGAGAGUUGGCAACAGGGACGUGAGGAAAAGAGCUAAUAAGGACCUCAAGUUUGUCUUUGACAGUGUGUUUGGGGAGAACUCGUCUCAGGCAGACGUGUUUGAAAAUACGACAAAAGGAGUGGUUGAUGGAGUCCUAAAUGGCUACAACUGCACAGUGUUUGCUUAUGGAGCUACUGGCGCUGGGAAGACUCACACAAUGUUGGGCAGCAGUGAUAAACCAGGUGUUAUGUACCUCACCAUGAAGGAGCUCUUCAGCCGUAUGGACCUGAUUAAAGAGGAGAAAGUCUUUGACAUGGCUUUCUCUUAUCUAGAGGUUUAUAAUGAGCAGAUUCGGGACCUCUUGGCCAACUCAGGUCCACUGGCAGUGCGAGAAGACGGUGCGAAAGGAGUGGUGGUCCAAGGCCUUACUCUUCACCAGCCCAAAUCCGCUGAGCACAUCCUUGAAGCUCUGGAUUAUGGCAACAGAAAUAGAACGCAGCACCCCACUGACGUGAACGCCUCGUCCUCCCGCUCCCAUGCCGUAUUCCAGAUCUACCUGAGGCAGCAAGAUAAGACUGCAAGCCUAAACCCUAAUGUGCGGGUGGCUAAGAUGAGUCUGAUUGACCUGGCUGGUUCCGAGAGGGCCAGCGCCACCAAUGCCAAGGGGGCCCGUCUCAGAGAAGGGGCCAACAUCAACCGCUCUCUCCUCGCACUGGGCAAUGUCAUCAAUGCCCUCGCUGAUCCUAAGAGUAAGAAGACGCACAUUCCUUACAGAGACAGCAAGCUGACGCGGCUGCUGAAAGACUCUCUGGGUGGGAACUGCAGGACAGUGAUGAUCGCUAAUGUUAGCCCAUCCUCCCUCUCCUACGAGGACACACACAAUACACUUAAGUAUGCCAACCGGGCCAAGGAGAUCAAGUCCACGCUGAAGAGUAACGUGGUUAGUCUGGACAGUCAUAUUGGCCAGUAUGUGGUUGUAUGUGAGAAACAGAAGGCUGAGAUUAUCCUGCUGAAACAGAAACUGAAAGAGUACGAGGAGCGGAAGGUGGAGCCUUCUACCCUUAAUCCAAUCUCCAGCCAACGGAGAGCUGAAUUUGAGAAGAUGUCAGACUCAUUGCGCAGCGUGUUUGAGGCACGGCAGCUAUUGCGCCAGGAACAGCUGGACAUCGAGAAGCAGCUGAAGGAGAACCGGAUGAGACUCAGUCACAGACAAGAGUGGCACCAGCAGAGCCUGCUCUUCUUCCCUGACAAAGUCGAGAAGGCCACCUGUAAGUAUGAGCGUAAGCUGGCAUCUCUGCAGUCCCAGCAGCAGCACCUUCAGCAACGUUUGGAGGAGAGCAAGAGGCGCUUCCAGGAGAACGAGGGUUGGCUGCACCGCAUUGAAAACGAGAUGAAGCUGCUCGGUCAUGAUGGACAAACUCCAGAGGAGCUUAAGAAGGAGUUGCAGUGCUAUAGGCUUCAGCUGCAGGUGUCGGAUCUGCAGCAACACAUCGAGCACAUGAGCUACCUGAUCAACGUGCAGGACCAGGAGAACAAGCACACACACAAACUGGUUCAUGCCCUGCUUCCUGCCUACCACCGGCAGUACCUGGCACUGAAGGCUGCGGGCAUUGCCACGGCAACGGAAGAAAGUAUGCAGGAGGAGCUUGAGCACCUGGUGCUGAGAGAGCGAGGUGUGGUUUGGGCCGACCAGGAAACCACGGAAGUGAAGAACGAACCAGAUGGUUGCACCGAACACACCUGUCUCCAACCCAUCCUGUCUUUCUCUCACCUCAUCACUCACCAGAGCACACCAUGCAGUGCUGAGAAACACACACGCAGAGUCUCUCAGCGGCUCAAAACCUCUCACUCUCCGAAAGGCCCCAGCCCUGCAGAGGAGCAUGCAGCUAAAGCUGAGCCUCCUGCCAAAAAGCCGAUCCGGAGGAAGCUUGCUGUGUCUCCUCCGAAACCUGGCUCAGAAGGGACGGGCCCAGCACUGCCCCGUUGCCCCCCAGCCCUACAGGAGGUGCUGCGGCAGGAGGGGAUGUUCCCCCUGCAGUACACACCCGAAACACACGCCUCCAAAGCACCUAAUUCCAUCAACCCCAAUUGUACCUUCGAGGUGGGCCAGGAUGAGCAGGAGCCGACCCCAGCCAACGCCACCGUAAUCCUGUCCCCUGGAUCCCCUGAACCUGCUGGAGCUUCAGGUUUGAGCCAGCUCCAAGUGCUGCGAGCCAACAACAGCAACGAGCCACCCAAAAGAUUGGAGAUUCCAUCUCUUCUCGACUUGCGUCGAUCCAAGCCAUCGUAUAUGGCCAUGACGUCAGCAGCACAGGGCAAACGCAAGCUCUACUGCACUGGAAAGGAGACUGGACCGGACAGUCUACAGGAUGCCGCAGCACCCAAACGAAUAAAGCGUGAUCUGUCCGAUACCUCCAAACCACUACGUGUCCGACGCUUCGGAGCGUCAUCGGAGAACGAGCCGAGCAGGAGAGUGGUGCGCAGCAUUUCCGAGGGAAACCUCCAUCUGCUGGGCCCACGGAAGCCCAAAGCAGCCCUGCUCGGCCCUGCUGCCCUCUUCAAGAAAGUCACCAAGAGGAUGUGAGAUCUCUCCAGCGCAACCACUUAAACCCACACACGCGUCUCCUAAAGUCUCAUGCACUGAUCUCUCUCCCACUCACAUGCACAUACAUCUGCCUUACAGGACUUUGUGAGGAGAAUACAAAAGGCAAGAUCUUGUAAGGGUGUAAAUACUAA